CUUCCCACAUCACCACAUUCACGUCGACCACAACACUCAACGCGACCCAAUUCCAAUACCGUCUUCGGUUUUUACUCUUCUGUUAUCUAAUACUUGUAUCCAUUCUACACAUCAACAACAAUAUUCAAGAUGCCUCCAAAGUCCACCACCACUAAGCCCAAGGCCGCCUCCGAGCAUGCCUCGUACCAAGGUAAACUCAAGCUCAAUGCUCCUCCACCACAACAUCGCGUAGCAUGAAUGCGCAUUGUUUCUCGGUCGCCUCGAUCGCCUGCAGCUGGUGCAAGCUUUGGAUUUUUGAUCAGAGCUUUGACUGACGCGUUAUUCUAGAUAUGAUCACUGAUGCCAUCGUGAACUUGAAAGAUCGCAACGGUUCAAGCCGUAUCGCCCUCAAGAAGUACGUCCGCGCCAACAACAAGAUCAAUGCUGCCGAUGCCAUGUUCGACUCUCUGUUCAACAGAGCCCUCAAGUCUGGUGUUGAGAAGGGUGUCUUCGCUCAGCCAAAGGGAAGCUCCGGAGGAACCAAGCUCGCAAAGAAGGAGCCCAAGCCAGCUGCUGCGAAGGCUGCCCCAAAGCCAAAGGCCGAGAAGAAGACCACCGACAAGAAGCCUGCCGUGAAGAAGGCAACAACCGCAAAGAAGCCCGCCGCUGCUAAGACCGCAAAGCCCAAGGCUGCCCCAAAGGCAAAGGCACCAAAGAAGGAGAAGGCAGAGGCAAAGCCAAAGGUCGCAAAGCCAAAGGCUGCUGCUAAGCCAAAGAAGGCUGCUGCUGCUAAGGAUGCUCCCGCAGUUGAUAAGCCAGCUGUUCUCGGCAAGACUAAGUCCGGACGCGUCACCAAGACCACCCCCAAGACACCCGCUGCGAAGAAGGCUACACCAAAGAAGAAGGCAACCCCAAAGAAGGCAUAGGCUCUCCGCAUGUGUCUCUUUUCCUGCUUCAAUCAUUGUUUAUAAAGGCGUUGUGAAUGGGUAUAUCGCGACGUGAUAGGGGCUUGAUCGCGCGUUAUUGUGGAUUGCUUUUACGGAUCUUAUUUUUUUGUCGGAUUACUUAUUGAUGAUGGAUUGGCUGGGCUGGUUUGCUUCUGUAUUGAAGUCUUGGGUUUCCUCUUCAUUGCAAGAUGAGGUCUGGGAUUCUUGCUAGAUGGGAAUGGAGGCCACUCACUCUGGGUUUGGAAUUGCCUGGGAAACGGGAAUGGAACAGAAAGGUGUGGGUAAGGUGCUGGAUGGAUGAAUAGCUGUACUUAUACCGCAUCAAUGACACAAAAAUACUGAACUCUAC